AUGAUUCACACUUCCUUAAAAUUAACAGGGGGGGGGCGGGGGGGGUUGGGGGGGGGGGGCGGGGGGUCUUUUGGUUGGGGGGUUGUGUGGGGGGGGGGGGGGGGGGAGAGGGGAGGGGGGGAGCGGAGAUGUUGUGGCGCACGCGGGGGUGGGGCGGAGCUUGGGCUGAAAGGGGUCGUGGGGGCGUUGCGAUACAAUAUAGUCGUGUCAUAG